AUGCCUCUGCCCAGCCAUCUCCUGCCUGCCCUGGUCCUGCUCCUGGCAGGGUCCCCAGGCUGGGCGUGGGUCCCCAACCACUGCAGGCCCCCCCGGGAGGCUGUGUGCAACUUCGUGUGUGACUGCAGGGGCUGCCCGGACGAGGCCCAGUGCGGGUACUACGGGGCCUUGCCCACCCUGGACGCCCCCUUCGCCUGCAACUUUGAGCAGGAUUCCUGUGGCUGGAGGGACAUCAGCACCUCGGGCUACAGCUGGCUCCGUGACAGGGCAGGGGCCGCGCUGGAGGGGCCGGGGCCGCUCGCAGACCACACUCUCGGCACUGACCUGGGCUGGUACAUGGCUGUCGGCACACACCGCGGGAAAGAGGCUUCCACUGCAUCCCUGCGCUCCCCGGUCCUGCACCAGGCAGCCCCCACCUGUGAGCUGAGGCUCUGGUACCACACAGCUGCUGGAGAUGUGGCUGAGCUGAGGCUGGAGCUGACCCACAGCACCGAGACGCUGACCCUGUGGCAGAGCUCAGGGCCCUGGGUUCCAGGCUGGCAGGAGCUGGUGGUGGCCACUGGCCGCAUCCUGGGUGACUUCAGGGUCACCUUCUCUGCCACUCGAAAUGCCACACACAGGGGCACUGUGGCCUUGGACGACGUGGCCUUCUGGCGCUGUGGGCUGCCCACCCCUGAGGCACGCUGCCCCCUGGGGCACUACCAUUGCCAGAACAAGGCCUGUGUGGAGCCCCACCAGCUGUGCGAUGGGGAGGACAACUGCGGGGACCGUUCCGAUGAGGACACAGCCAUCUGCAGCAAUCACACGGCCACCGAUUUUGAGACCGGCCUAGGCCUGUGGAACCACUUGGAGGGCUGGGCCCGGAACCACAGCACAGGCGGCUCCCAGUGCCCCACCUGGCCGCGCCGCGACCACAGCCGGAACAGUGCUCAGGGCUCCUUCCUGGUCUCCGUGGCUGAGCCCAGUGCCCCCGCCGUUCUCUCCAGCCUUGAGUUCAAAGCUUCUGCCCCCGACAACUGCUCACUCGUCUUCUAUUACUAUCUGCAUGGAUCCAAGGCCGGCUGCCUCCAGGUGUUCCUGCAGACUCAGAGCCCCGGCGCCCCCCAGGCCCCCGUCCUGCUGCGCAGGCACCACGGGGAGCUGGGGGCCGCCUGGGUCCGAGACCGCGUUGACAUCCAGAGCGAGCACCCCUUUCGGAUCCUCCUGGCCGGGCAGACGGGCCUGGGGGGUGUCAUAGGCCUGGACGACCUCAUCCUGUCGGCCGGCUGCAAACCAGUCCCAGAGGUGUCUGGCCCACCUCCUGGGCUCUGGGCCCCAGGUCCCUUGCCCCAGCCGUCCAGCCUGCAGCUCUGGAAUUUCUGCGAGCCAGGAUAUCUCUUUUGUGGGGACCUGUGUGUCCCCCCAGAGCAGCUGUGUGACUUCCAGCAGCAAUGCCUUGGGGGCGAGGACGAGCAGGACUGUGGCACCACGGACUUCGAGUCCCCCAUGGCCGGGGGCUGGGAGGACGCCAGCGUGGGGCGGCUGCAGUGGGCACGUCUCCCGGCCCAGGAGAGCAGGGUCCCUGGCACCGGUGCCGCCAGGGCUACUGCUGGACACUUCCUGUCCUUGCAGAUGGCCUGGGGGCAGCUGGGAGCGGAGGCACGGGUCCUCACACCCACCCUGGGCCCCUCCGGCCCCCGCUGUGAACUCCACUUGGCUUACUAUUUUCAGAGUCACCCCCAAGAGGUCUCCUGUAACUUUGAACGGGACACGUGCGCCUGGUACACAGGCCACUUCACCGACGCCCACUGGCGCCGGGUUGAGAGCUGUGGCCCUAGGUACGACCACACCACAGGCCAAGGGUACUUCAUGCUCCUAGACCCCAUAGACCCUCCAGCCCAGGGCCCCGCUGCCCACCUCCUCACCCAGCCCCAGGUGCCUGCAGCCCCCCAGGAGUGUGUUUCUUUCUGGUACCACCUCUACGGGCCCCAGAUCGGGACACUGCGCCUGGCGAUGAGGCGAGAAGGGGAGGCAGAAUUGCACCUGUGGUCACGGUCCGGCACCCACGGCAACCGCUGGCACGAGGCCUGGGUCACCCUCCACCACCUGCAGGAUUCCGGCAUCAAAUACCAACUGCUGUUCGAGGGCCUCCGGGACGGGUACCAUGGCACCAUGGCACUGGACGACGUGGCUGUGCGGCCUGGGCCCUGCUGGGCCCCCAGGCACUGCUCCUUCGAGGACUCGGCCUGUGGCUUCUCCACGGGGGGCUGGGGCCUCUGGAUUCGCCAGACCAAUGCCACGGGCCCUACCGCCUGUGGCCCCCGUGUUGACCACACCACAGAGACACCUCAGGGGCACUACAUGGUGGUGGACAUGAGCCCGCAGGCACUGCCCCGUGGCCGCAUGGCCUCCCUGACCUCAGAGGAGCACAGGCCCCUGGCCCGGCCAGCCUGCCUGACCUUCUGGUACCACCUGAGCCUCAGUAACCCAGGCACCCUACAGGUCUACGUGGACGCAGCUGGAAGGAGUCAGGUGCUCCACAUCAGCAGUCAUGGAGGGUUUGCCUGGCGUCUGGGCAGCGUGGAUGUGCGGGCCGAGCAGGCCUGGAGGGUGGUGUUUGAGGCCGUGGCCGCCGGCGUGGAGCAUGCCUACAUCGCGCUGGACGACCUGCUCCUUCAGGACGGGCCCUGCCCUCGGCCAGCUUCCUGCGACUUCGAGGCUGGUCUGUGUGGCUGGAGUCAUCUGCCCCGGCCCGGCCUGGGUGGGUACAGCUGGGACUGGAGCAGUGGGGCCACACCCUCCCGCUACCCCCAGCCCGCCGUGGACCACACCCUGGGCACAGAGGCAGGCCACUUUGCUCUCUUUGAAACCAGCGUGCUGGGCCCUGGGGGCCGAGCAGCCUGGCUGCGCAGCCAGCCACUGCCCGCCACUCAGGCCUCCUGCCUCCGCUUCUGGUACCACAUGGGCUUCCCUGAGCACUUCUACAAAGGCGAGCUGCAGGUCCUGCUGAGUAGCGCCCGGGGUCAGCUGGCCGUGUGGGGCACUGGUGGGCGCCAGCGGCACCAGUGGCUGGAAGGCCAGGUGGAGGUGGCCAGUGCCGAGGAGUUCCAGAUUGUGUUUGAAGCCACCCUGGGUGGCCAGCCAGCCCGGGGGCCCAUUGCCCUGGACGACGUCGAGUUUCUGGCCGGGCAGCGCUGCCAGCUGCCUGCACCCAGCCAGGGGGACACGGCAGUGGCCACAUCAGUGCCAGCCGUGGUCGGCGGCACCGUCUUGCUCCUCAUGCUCCUGCUGCUGCUUGGACUCGUGGGACGGCGCUGGCUGUGGAAGGGGCACUGCCUCUCCCGGCGCAAGGCGGAGGCCGAGGCCCCGGGCUUCGACAACAUUCUCUUCAGUGCGGACCACGUCACCCUGCCAGCAUCGGUCACCAAUGACCAGUAGAUCACCCAGAGAAGACCCCAGCUCCUCACCUGUGUUCCUCACCUCCCCAGGACCCUGGCCCCAGGACCAACACUUGCCCCUCCCCCAGGACACGCUGACCCCUGCGUCCAUCACCCUCCACAGACUGCCCCCACAGGCCUGGGUUUGGUCCUUACCCCAACAAUAAACGCCCUGGCCCACGAGGGGAUGCCCUGCUGGCCAGCAGGGUCGAGGUUUGUGUGUCCUACUCUGCCCAUCAGCAGGAAGGGGGGAUCCUCAGACUCAACCCAACCUGCUGCCCCAGAGGAUGCGCAUGGGGGCGCCUCCUGCGUGUCUCAGUGACUUAGUUGACAGGAAACAGGCCACAUGACACAGGGCCAGGGGCUACAGACACUAGGAGGCCGAUGCAGUGGGACCCUGAGAAGCCACUGCCCCAGGCCAGGCAAGCCCCAGCCCAACCUUGUGGGAAUCUGAUCCAGGGCCCAUCCGAGCCCCUGCCUCACUAGGCGAUUCUGCAUCUGAUUUAGGACAGAGGGAAACCCCCACGGGUGCAGGCAAUGGGCUGAUGAACAAGUCCAAGGUGGGGAGAUGCCCUGAUGUGUCCACUGUCCCAUAGUAAGGGUUCCCCUGUCCAGAGCCCCAGAGGUUCCCAUGUUCACCCUUCCAUCAUCAAGAUCCCCGUGUCCAACAUCUCACAGUAAGGGUUUAAGCUGUCCCCAGAAUCGGUCUCAAAGCAGAGGUCACUAAGUGUCCCCAUGAUGCCCCUGAGCAGGUCACUGGUAGGCAAAGCUGAGGUUCCUGCCCUCCUGGCUUCCCAGGGCCUGAGGACAAAGGUGACCCCCUAGACGUGUCUCAAGGUCCCCACCCACACACCAGCCUCUAAUAAAAUGGAGCCCCGAGUCUUUCUAACCCAAAGAAGGUCCCAGGCUCUGAUCUUCCGUGCCAGAGUUUGACACACCCCACCUGGGUCUGGAAGGCCCUAUGGGGAAUGGCUGUCCUGGGGGAGAGUGGCGGCCCAUGGCCUAGUGCCCCCUCCAGCCCAGGGGAUCCAC